GUUUGUGUACUCCCUCCCCCUUCUCUUUCCGUCUGCAGUCCCCGUCUCCCUUUCUUAAUCUCUAAUUCUCUACCCGUCCAUCGUCAGCCUUCAAUAUACACCCAACAGACACACCCAACACCCUUGAAUAUUUGCUUCCAACCUUGCUAUCGCCCUAACCUCACCCGGUAGUUCCCAUUGUUUACGUGUUGUGGCGCUAACCAUCAGUUAGUUAUAGAUGGUGGAGAGGUUCAUACUUCAGGCCUUAUGCCUCAGGUAGCUAUACAUAUGUUUUAAGAAUUUUUUGGGAAAAUCUGCGCGCUUCCUCACAGUCUAUGCACUUCCUCGUGUCCCCUGAAUCAUCUGUUCGUCGAUCCUCCUACUCCUAAUCCUAUAGCUCUCUCUGCUCGCUUCGUAUCUCUGUUCGGUCGCAGACUUGCAGAGUUGCAGGCAUCUCUCCCCAGUCUCGAUUUACAGAAUCCUUGGCUCCAUCUUGACACCAGUGGGGAACUGCCUCCAGCAGUCUAGCUCUCCACGGCUCCAGGCCUGCACGGCAGCCCCCCUGGCCCCCACUGGAUUGAAAGCUAGAUCCGCCUCUGCUACCUGCUGGAGUGAGUGUGGCUCCCAAUCUACGGUUAUGGUUUGAGUUUCAGUUUAACAUGAGCAGAAGCAAAAGUGGUGUCCCAAUCUCUAAGCUCUAGCACAAUUCUUCAUUCUGAUUUCCGUUGAUGCUCUAUUUUGGAUUAAACAAUCUUUCAUACUUGAAAUGUUAUGGAGUUCUAGACACCUAUUCAAACUAUCACGCAUAUCAACAAAAUGUGGGUUUCUCCCAUCAACUAACGAUCUUCUGAUCAACACUCAUCAAAUUUCUUUCUCUACUAUUCCUGGGAGCUACAAAGGUAUCCUCACCCCGCAAGUCGUACAAUCAACUAUAUUGAAUUGCCAUUCUGAUCUAAUUGCUCUUUCCUUCUUUAUUUGGUGUGCUAAGCAACCUAAUUACUUCCAUGACAAGGCAACUUGUGUUUACAUGGUUAAUGUAGUCUCUCGCCUCACUCAGAGGUUUGUAACCAUAAAAGGUGUUUUAGAUGAAUUGGAGAAUGCUGGUACUCUGAUAAAGCCACAAGUUUUAUUACUUUUAUUGAGAAUAUACUGGCUUGGAAGAAUGCACAAUAUGGUCAUUGAGGCUUUUGGAGAGAUUCUCAGGUAUGGUUACACGCCAAACACAUUUUCUAGGAACAUAUUGAUGGAUGUAUUGUUCAAGAUUGGUUGCGCAAGUGUUGCACUUCAAGUUUUGAAGGAGACAAAGUCACCCAAUUUCCUAACCUUCAGCAUUUCCAUCGGCAAUCUGUGUAAACUCAAAGAUAUGGUUAAUCUCCAAUCUGUACUUAGGACCAUGCUGAGGAAUGGAUAUUAUCUUAACCCCGAGACAUUUUCGUCUGUUUUGAGCUGUUAUUGCAAAUCAGGCCAGUUAUCAAAGGCUACCCAAUUAUUAGGUUUUAUGAUUGCCUUGGGUGUUCCUACAUGCGUCAUUGUUUGGAGUAUAGUGAUAAAUGGAUAUUCUAAAUCUGGCAAACUCGAUUUUGCCAGUCAUUUGCUAAAUAAGAUGGUGUCUAGUGGAUGCAUGCCAAACAUGGUCACAUGCACAUCUUUGGUAAAGGGAUAUUUGGAAUUUCACAUGCCUAGCAAAGCUUUUGAGAUUCUAGACACCAUGAAAUCCAUCGGGUGUUGUCCUGAUUUGAUUAUGUGCAAUGUGCUUAUACAUGGCCUCUCAAAAAUAGGGAAUUAUGAUGAAGCUAUUGAUGUUUUCUGUAGUUUAGGGGAAAGAGGAUUGACCCCUGAUUCUUACACACUCUCCUCUAUCGUGUCAACAGUUUGUUUAUGCAAGGAAUUCACCCUCUUGCCUGUACUCAUCAAUGGAUUGGAUAUACAUGCCGAUUUAGUUGUUUGUAACUCCUUUCUAAGCUUUUUUUGCAAAGCCGGUUAUCCUAAAGGUGCUGUUGAGUUUUAUAAUGACAUGAUAUAUAGAGGUUUCCAACCAGACAAUUACACAUUUGCAGGAUUAUUGAGUGGGUUAUGCAGGUUAGGCAAGACAUCUCAGGCUGUUGAUGUGUAUCAGGGUAUUGUCAAGAAUCAAGAUGGGCUAGAUGCUCAUAUUCACACUGUGAUCAUUAAUGAACUUAUAAAAUCUGGUGAAUUUCACCAAGCCAUCAGAUUAUUCAGAAAAGCCGCAGAAGAGAAACUCCAUAUGGAUGUUGUUACAUAUACUGUUGCUAUCGAUGGCCUGGUCAAAGGUGGUCUUGUUGAAGAUGCAUAUGAUGUGUUUAGCAUGAUGAAAGAAAUUGGAUUGGCCCCAAAUAUAUACACUUACAGUUUUAUGUUAUCUGGAUUGUGUGAGAAUGUAGAUGUCAUUACUAUAAAAAGGAUACUUGUUGAGAUGGUUGAUGGAGGCAUUGAGCUUAACCAUAUUACUUUCAGGCUAAUGAAGAACAUUCUGCGCAAAAGACGACAUUCAAGUUUAGUACUUAAUCUAUUCAUGGAGUUGUGUGAUAAAGCUGUUCAUGAUUUAAAUGUCAAGGAUGUCUUCUCAGAUAAUAACCACCAUUUACUUGUUCUUGACACGGACACAUCCAGCUCUGAAGACAUUCUUGAUGUAGCUGCUUCAGUAGGAUGAGCACGGAGUCCCACAAACAGAAAUCGUAAUGAGUAUGUAGUCUUUUGGGGGUUAGAAAUCAGCAGACAGCCCCAUCUCCAGCAUGAAGCUCCAAUUGCUUCCCCAUUUUCUUAUUUUAAAUCCUGAUUGAAAUGGGAAGCACUUUAGUUCAGAACAUAUAAUCCAUCCUUUCCAAAAGAAGACUCUUAUUGGCAUGUUGCAUCAAUGUAGAACUAUUUAAUUGUGGGUGUGUCUCAAGCAAUUCAGAGCUGGGGAUAUGGCGGUUCGGAACAUUCUGGACCAGAUAAGACUAAACUCCACUAGCAUCCAAAACCAUAUUGACUUGCGCUGCCAAGUAGGUAUCCAUGUAAGGGUGAGAAAUGGACAAGAAAUAAGUAUUUCUAAGAACACAACAAGAGCGGCCGCCCAUGGAGGCAUAAAGGGACCUUAGCAGUCGACUAUCCACGUACCUGGUUACUCUUGACCAGAUGGUGGAGCACAGUUGAAACAAAUCAUAGCUGAAGGAGAAUCGAGCAACAAGUAGUUGGAGUCUCAGUUGGAGUAACUAGUCAUUAGUGGGGUUUGCAGUUGUCCCACUGUGCAAGGUGUGAAAUUCGUUGGUGAUGGUUACGCUCAUUGUGAAGCAACUGGAGCACUGUGAUGUCUAUUUAAUAAUGGGGGAUGUUGGAAGCAAAUUAGGGAUGGUGUAACAUAUUCUGCUUAAAACGAUGAACACACAAAGGGUUGCCACUGCCCUCCAGGUUUUAAAGGUGAUGGGGUUAGUACAUGUGAAGGUAGAGUUUAUUACUGUUUGGGACUUCUGUCAUAAAUGCCAUAAGUGAUGUGAUAAGUGAAUUACACCCAACUGGACUACGAUAAAGCCUUUUGGGAGGCGAAAAAGUCCGUGUAGGCUCAGUCUAAAGUGGACAAAAAUCCGUUUGUGGUGCUAACAAUAGAAACUUUACAAUGUUCCUCACGGCUCACACCUUAGCCUGAUCCAUAGAUUUCAAAGGUAUUAAUGAAUCCAAGGAGAAAACAGUGUGUCAAUGCCUUGAAUGUAAAUGCCCUAACACAUGGGGCGGUUAUGAAUGCAAUUGUCGUGGAAAUCUGCUAUACAUGAUUGAGCACGACACAUUUAUACAUACAUUACAAUGUUGUUUGGUGUAAAUGGUGUUUUCAGUUGAUAUGUCCUGCAUUUCAAGCAAUAAAAGUUCUUUAAAACGGGCUCUAAGUCUUUUGAGUAACACUUUUCUACAUUGAUAACAAGAAUACGCCACUGUUGGCUACCGAACUGGUGUUUUAGAAUGUACUGUCUCUCUGCAGAGGAACAUUGAUUCGGAGAUUCGUGCCAUCGUUGCACAGUACAUGCCCUUGGACAAUCAAGGAGAGGUCCCCAACCAUAGUCUCUCAUGGAAAGUUCUGAUUAUCAAGCUCCUCCCUGUCGCAGCUGAAUGAUGGGUGUUACUUGGUGGUGUAAAGAGACAUCUCCUAUGUUGCUGAUCCAGAACUAAAACCCUGUCUCCUUUUAAGCUUAAGGCUUAUCCUCCUUUUUGCAUCUGAUAUGCCACUGGGUUCUUAGACAAAAUGUUCCAUUUAAUGGACAACAGAUGUUCUAUGCAUGUGUAUAUAUGUAAUCCGUAGGACAUCCACUAAGCUCCAGUAAUUUAGGGAGAUAGGAAAUUCACAUGUAAUGCUGUCUGUGUCUUCUCUUCAGAUAAAAUACAGGGAUAUCCCAGAAGAAACUCUAAAAAUAAGAUUAAAUGAACAUAAUUUGCCAUGUAAG